UUUUGAUUUAUUUUUUCUUCGUAUAAAGACACAACACACACUUUCCUUCACUCUCUUCUUCUUUCUUCUUAUUAUUCCUUUCUUCUUCCUUCCCUUCAUUCAUUCUCCCUUUUUUUAAAUAAAAAAUAUAUAAUAAUAAUAAUAAUUUUAGAGGCAAAAAUGAUAGAGUAACAACACAAAAAAGAUACUUAUUUCCUUGCUUCAACAUGGCUCCAGCUGGAAAGCUUUCUGGGUUUCGUCGUGAAGGUCAUCACUGGUUCAGUGAUGCUGGAUUGCCAAGUGAUAUGAAUGUGUCAAUUGAGGGUGUCACUUUCCAUCUUCACAAGUUUCCUCUUGUUUCAAAAUGUGGAAAAAUUGCCCGUACCUAUGAAGAAUCCAAAAAUACAUAUGACGAGACCCUGACAAUGGUGCUGGAAGGAUUUCCUGGGGGUCCUGACACUUUCUUGAUUGUGGCCAAAUUCUGUUAUGGUUUUCGGCUGGAGAUGACGGCAAAAAAUGUAGUAUUGGUCCACUCUGCUGCAGAAUACCUUGAAAUGACAGAUGAAUACGAAGAAGGUAACUUGUUGUCAAAAUCAGAGAGCUUUUUCCAUAAAAAUAUACUUCGUAACUGGAAAGAUUGUAUAUUAGCUCUCCAAAGUUCCGAGCAUGUUCUAUCGAGGGCUGAAAAUUUUCAUUUAGUGGACAAGUGUUUAAACGCGCUAUCUACGAUGGCUUGCACAGACCCGAGUUUAUUUGGAUGGCCGAUGAUGAUGUACGGGAGUUUUCAGAGCCCUGGUGGAAGCAUUCUUUGGAAUGGUAUAAAUACUGGUGCUAGAAUUCGGAGCUCAGAAUCCGAGUGGUGGUUUGAAGACAUCUCGUAUCUCAGCGUCGGCUUGUUUGAGAAGCUUAUUAAGACAAUGCAAGCGAGAGGUAUGAGACCCGAAACAGUUGCAGGUGCCAUAAUGUAUUAUUCUAAAAAGCACUUGCCAGGUUUGGGUCGGUGGCAGGGUGGAAAAGGCGGAAAAACAAGAACGGUUGCGAGUUUUAGUUUGACGCCUGCUACAGUUGAUCAGAGGGUUCUGUUGGAAAGCAUUGAGAAACUUCUUCCUCAAAAGAAGGGGAAAUCUUUUUGCCGUUUCUUACUCGGACUUCUUCGUGUAGCUUCGAUAUUGAAUGUUGAUCAAACUUGCACGGAAUCUUUAGAGAAGAGAAUAGGGAUGCAAUUGGAACUGGCAACUUUAGAUAGUCUUCUCAUUCCCGCUUACGCAGAUUCCGAUGCAUUAUACAACACAGACUGUAUCGAACAUAUCGUCCAUCAUUUUAUAUCUACGGAAUCAAAUUUAACUGCGUUUUCUCCUUCGUCGCUUGACCUGCAAGCAUCAUCGUCAUCAUCCGAAUCCUUAAAGAAAGUUGCGAGGUUGAUAGAUAGCUAUAUUGCAGAAAUUGCGUCUGAUGUUAAUUUAAAACCAGGAAAGUUACGCGCUCUUGCACAGGCUCUUCCCGAGUCGUCGAGAUCGUUGCACGAUGGACUCUAUAGGGCACUCGACAUAUAUUUCAAGGCUCAUCCAUGGCUCUCCGAUAGCGAGAAGGAAGACUUAUGCAACAUUAUUGACUACCAAAAACUCUCAAUCCAUGCAUGCGCUCAUGCAUCCCAAAAUGAUAGGUUACCCCUUCGAGUUAUUCUUCAAGUAUUAUUCUUUGAACAAUUGCAUUUGAGAACGGCAUUAGCCGGAUGUCUCAAUACAUUGGAUGGCGAAAACGCUCCAGCAGCGACAGUGACUGCGUCUGCUCGAGGCGAUACGGCUGGUGAAAUUGUACAAAGAGACGGAUGGGUGGCCGUCGUGCGCGAAAAUCGGGUUUUGAAAGUGGAUAUGGAUAGAAUGAGUACUAGGGUAGGAGAACUUGAAGAAGAAUUCGGUAAAAUAAAACAGGAAAUGAAAACCGUGACCAAAUCUCACAGCUCGCGCGGUUCUCCUCGGUUACUCGCGAGGAAACUUGGAUGCAAACUUGUUCCUCGAUUUUCAGAUGCUCAACCAGAGUCGCUUGAUCGCUCGGUAUCCACACCGAGACCGUCAGUUGAUCGGGCACGCCGCUCCCAUAAAUCCAGACACACCGAAAGCUUUUCUUGACAAUCAAGAAACCAAAUUUCCUCUUUAUUUUCAUUUAUUUAUAUAUAUACACAUAGCAUUGUUGCGUGGUUUAAAUAUUUUUUGUACGUGGGAAAGGGAAGGAAAAUGUUUCUCGAUCCAUUAUGGUUUUUUAUUUAAGCAUUUUACAUAUCAGAACAUUUUCCAUUUCUUUCCCUCAGCUUGUUGUAACUUGUACAUUUUAUAUAGAUCCAUUCAUUCUUCAUUUUGAGAUGUUGGCCGUACAAAUUGUUAUUUUAGACUUCAAUUUUGAAGAUCAUUGUUGUCGCCAAAAGAAAGAAUAUUGAAGACGCGUUGAACGCUAAAUGUAGUACCUUUGUAGAGAUUUGAACUUGGAUUUCUUA